CCCGGUACGCGAUGACGCAGGCAGACCGUUGGGGGCCGGUGUAGGUGGAAGCGAUGGCGCUGAGAUUGUUGUUGCUGCCCGGGAGGAGGUUUCCGCUCGGAACCUGGCACUCUGCGACUUGUCCUCUUGUACUGCGCAGUGUACAUCCCUAUGCAACUGAGGCCACACAGGCAGUGCUGGAGAAAACAGCCACGGAGACCCCAGCAGUAAAAACCAUAAAAGAGAAGAAGAUGGUUGCUGCGGAAUCCAAGUCGUUUGCUGUGAACAUGUUUCGGGGUCAGGUCCAAACAGACCAGGUGUUCCCCUUCCCCUCUGUCCUGAAUGACGAGCAGGAGCAGUUUCUCCGGGAAUUAGUGGGACCUGUCAGCAAAUUUUUCCAGGAAGUCAAUGACCCAGCUGCCAAUGACUCUCUGGAGAAAGUGGAGGACAGCACGAUGGAAGGCCUGAAGGAGAUGGGGGCGUUUGGCCUGCAGGUGCCACCUGAGCUUGGAGGACUGGGGCUCACCAACACACAGUAUGCCCGACUGGUUGAGAUUGUUGGCACACAUGACCUGGCAGUAGGCAUCACUCUGGGUGCCCACCAAUCCAUUGGUUUCAAAGGGAUUCUCCUGUUUGGAAAUGAUGCCCAGAAGAAGAAGUACCUUCCAAAGCUGGCUACAGGAGAAACUAUCGCUGCCUUCUGUCUGACUGAACCUGCGAGUGGCUCUGAUGCUGCAUCCAUCCAAACCACAGCCAGAAAGAGCGACUGCGGAAAGUACUACAUCCUUAAUGGGGGCAAAAUCUGGAUCAGUAAUGGUGGCCUGGCUGAUAUCUUCACUGUCUUUGCUAAAAUGUCGGUGAAAGAUGAAACAACCGGUGAAGUGAAGGACAAAAUCACCACAUUUAUUGUGGAGCGGGGAUUUGGAGGAGUGACAAGUGGGCCUCCAGAGAAGAAAAUGGGCAUCAAAGCUUCAAACACAGCGGAUGUGCACUUUGAGGAUGUGAAGGUGCCAGUGGAGAACGUGCUGGGAGAAGUUGGCAGUGGUUUCAAGGUGGCCAUGAAUAUUUUGAAUAACGGACGCUUUGGCAUGGCAGCUGCUCUCUCUGGGACCAUGAAAGGAGUCAUUGCCAGGGCAGUUGACCAUGCUGCAAAUCGGACCCAGUUUGGGAGCAAGAUUCACAACUUUGGUGCCAUUCAGGAGAAGGUUGCUCACAUGGCAAUGCUGCAGUAUGUGACAGAGUCGAUGGCAUACAUGAUCAGUGCAAACAUGGAUUCAGGAGCAACCGAGUUCCAGAUAGAAGCUGCCAUCAGCAAGAUCUUUGCAUCUGAGGCUGCCUGGACUGUUACUGAUGAAUGUAUCCAGCUCAUGGGUGGAAUGGGCUUCAUGAAGGAUGCUGGUAUUGAGCGAGUGAUGAGGGACCUUCGGAUCUUCCGCAUUUUUGAGGGAACAAAUGAUAUUCUUCGGCUUUUUGUUGCACUCAAUGGUAUUCAGACCACUGGGAAUCACCUGAAGGGACUGCAGAGAGCUCUGAAGAAUCCUGUUGAAAAUGCCAGCCUGUUAAUGGGUGAAAUCAGCAGGCGCGCACGAAGGAAGGUUGGACUUGGUACAGGCAUUAGCCUAAGUAACAAUGUACACCCAGAACUGAAGCAAAGUGGGAAACUGGCAGUAAAAGCUAUUGAAAAAUUUGGUGGCUGUACAGAAGAUCUGCUGUUGAAGUACAGCAAGAAAAUUGUAGACGAACAGUUCCUGCUGAAAAGGGUAGCAGACAGCGCCAUUGACCUGUACGCCAUGGUGGUUGUUCUGUCCCGGGCUUCCUGUUCUCUGAACCAAGGCCAUGCAACUGCUCAACAUGAGAAAUUGCUGUGUGACACCUGGUGCAGUGAGGCAUAUGCUCGCAUUAUGGACAAUCUGAAUGCCCUCACUUCCAGCUCUGCCAAGCAGACCUUCAAGAACAUGCGCACUAUCUCUGCAGCAGUGGUGAGCAAUGGUGGCACCGUGACUCCUCAUCCCUUGGGAUUUUAAGAAAGGGAACCAGUGUGCCUUCCCAGAUCAGAAUAUAAAUCCACAGCCAGAUCUACUCUGAUUCGAACACUUCAGUCUUUAAAAAUUGGAAGGUUUAAUUACUGAACCUGAUCUCCCCUCCCCAUUUCAGACUGGGACUGCCGUGAUUGGUGGUCUUGUAGUUUUGAAUCCUGGAAAGGUUUUUAAAACCAAUGUCCUAUAUGAAUCACAUAAUCCUUGCACUUGUUAAUAUUAUCACUAGGGCGUUAUUUAAUAACAGCCUGCUUUAGGGCAGACAGUAGCAUUGUGGUAAUGUAACUGUACUAGUAAUCCAGAGGCCCAGGCUAAUGCCCUGGGGACGUUGGUUCAAGUCCCACCAAGACAGCUGGGAAAUUUAAAUUUAAUCAGUAAAUCUGGAAUUAAACGUCGGUCACAGUGUGGUGACCGUGAUAACCAUCAUCAGUGAUCACAAAGCGUAUCAAUAUCCUUCAGGGAGGAUAUCCACUGUUCUUACCCGGUCUGGCCUACGUGACUGCAGAACCAGAGAAAUGUGGUUUACUCCUAACUGCUCUGAGAUCCGGGAUAAACAACUAUUGUUUGGGUUAGUAACACUGACACCCCUUUUUUAAAAAUGAAGGAAAAUGUGGUACUGGGUACAGUACUGAUAGAAGUCUGGUUACAUUAUCCUGACGAUGUUCAAUGGGGACAGUGUAGAGGGAGCUUUGCUCUGUAUCUAGCCCUGUGCUGUCCCUGCCUGGGAGUGUUUGAUGGGGGACAUUGUAGAGGGAACUUUACCCUGUAUCUAACCCUGUGCUGUCCCUGCCCCUGGGAGGGUUCAAUGGGAACUUUUAAUGGUGCCUGACAUUAAUGAAUGUCCUUACAACCACUAGACAGGGAGAAGUUGUAAGGUUGUGUCAGAAGCUUCAGUGGGUUCAACUUCAGUAUGUUGUGGCUGCUGUUGUUUGAAACUUUACCUGCAGCUUGAUUCCACAGAAUGUGUGGGCACCUCCUUUUUUAAAAAAAAAAGUCAUUUAGCUUAAGGUGGCAAGUCCGGCGUUCAUUGUCCAUUCUCAGUUGCCGUAGUUGGCAGUGCCAUUUCAAUGCAAAGUCCCGAUAGUGUCUUGUAUCUUUGUCAGAAGUUUACAGCGAUUAGAAUCAUAGUAUACUUCUCACCUGAACAAUGCAGGCUUAACGUUGGCCAGUUUAAAUCAGAAAACUAAAGACAAUUGAGUUGAAAGCUGAUGUAGCAACAAAUCAACAACUUGAACUGCAGAAAUCUUUUUUUAAAACUUGGGUACUUCCUGUUCCGCAAGUCUGAGUGUGCUGAGUGUGAUCUGAGAGGAAUAACUGGUGCCAGAGCACACAGCAAGGCCUACCUGAAGGAGCCUCAUUGUUCUGCAUUUUUAUUGGUGUUUUCAUUCACUUUCUGUACUGCUCCAUGAACUGUAGCCCAUCAGCCAAAACCAGAAAUGGUGACUCCUAGCUUCGUGGGUCACGAGCAGCCUCCCAGCCUUCUGCCCGCAGAAGGUGCUGGUGGCUGGAGCUUGUUAACAGUAUUCACUCAGUAUCCCCGACCGAAACAGGCUGGAUCACCGUUGCUGGCAGAAGCUUAAAUCAAGCACAUCCUGCUCAUGUAACUCGCACACAGGCUCUGCUUCCACAGUUUUAUGAACUGAUAGAUUCAUAACUACUGUGUAAACUGGAAGCCAUACAGUUAUAAACCAGGUAGCAUGUGAUUAUUAUUGGGGUGCCUAAGAUUGUGGUUUUGAGAGAGGAGUUCAGCUAGUAUGUAAAUUCAUAUGAACCUUCGUAGAGAGAUGUUGAUAGGGAGUAAAGCAGGAAACAAUUGUCCAUCCUGUUCCCUCUUCAUCGGACUGAACUGCAGAGCAUUGCCUGUUUGCCCAGGGAGCCAUUAGUCUUUUUUGUGGUAAGAUGUAAAAUGUCAACCAGAAUUCAGAUUUCUAACAGUCAGCACAUUAAUGCAGAAGAGUCUUUUGUAAGAUAAUCAGGCAAAGAAACACAGGACUAUUCUGUCAUUCUGGAAGCUGUUUGUAGUUUUAAAAGAAUCAAAAGCUUAUUAUCCUAUGCUUUUUGAGUGCUCUUUGACACUCUGUAAAUUUUAUUGCCUCGAUUUAUCUUUUGAUGGUUCCCAAAACCUGAAACAUGGGGUCAGAAGGGAAGCUCCCUUCAGAUUAGGGUUAAUUAAUGCAAGUGCCCCUGCCCAAGUAACAUUCUUCAUACAUACCUCCCUGUCUGUAUCAUAUUGCAGCCUCUCAGCCUGGCAUGUCAAUGCUGGACACAGCUCAGCUUGUGCACAUGAGACUGUGUCUGUCACUGGACAACUUCAUAAGGACAAGGGGAGACUUACUCAGUCCAGCAAGCCUGUCCUGUCAUUCAGUGAAAUCAUGGUUGAUUUGUCUCCUAACUUGUCUUGGCUCCAUGUCUAGCAAAAAUUAGUUCAUUGCAAAUUAAAAUUAUUGAGCCAGCACCCACUGAUUCUCAGGGAAAGAUGAGAUUAGGUUCCCUACAGCGUGGAAACAGGCCCUUCGGCCCAACAAGUCCACACCGCCCCUUGCAGCAUCCCACCCAGAUACAUCCCCCUAUAACCCAUACACCCCUGAACACUACAAGCAAUUUAGCACGGCCGAUCCACCUAGCCUGCACAUCUUUGGACUGUGGGAGGAAACCGGAGCACCCGGAGGAAACCCACACAGACACGGGGAGAAUGUGCAAACCCCACACAGCCAGUCGCCUGAGACUGGAAUUGAACCUGGGUCCCUGGCGCUGUGAGGCUGCAGUGCUAACCCCUGAGCCACCAUGCCGCCUCAAAACACUUUUCUCUCCACACUUCUACCAACCUUUGUGCAACGAAGUGCUUCCUAACUUCUCUCCAGAAUUGCCUGGCUCUGAUCUGUCUUCCCUCGCCAACAGAAAUGACUCCCUCUUUCUAACCUAUCUGGAAUUUUUUCAAAAUGCUGAAACCUUAGUCAAAUCACCUUCCAACCUUCUGCAUUCCAGGGAAUAAAAGAGUUUGUGUAAUCUCUCCUCAUUAUCUAAUCAUCGGACAAAUGAAGGGAUUUUCUUGUCUGUGAGGUAAGAUCAAGGAGUUGUGAAACUUUAAAGUGUUAAGACAGGCACAGUGGGCCAAAUGGCCUCCUGUGUGGUCUGUGAUUCUGUGGUCACGGAAUUCAAAGCCGAAGCACAGAAUCUGUAUAGAGCAAUCAUUGGUAUCAACCAUCAAGCUGGUGUUCGAGAUAAUGGGAACAGCAGACGCUGGAGAAGCCGAGAUAACCAAGUGUGGAGCUGGGUGAACACAGCAGGCCAAGCAGCAUCUCAGGAGCACAAAAGCUGACGUUUCGGGCCUAGACCCUUCAUCAGAAAAAGGGGAUGGGAAGAGGGUUCUGGAAUAAAUAGGGAGGAAGGGAGGGGCAGACAGAAGAUGAAUAGAGGAGAAGAUAGGUGGAGAGGAAACAGACAAGUUAAAGAGGUGGAGAUGGAGCCAGUAGAGGUGAGUGUAGGUGAGGAGCUAGGGAGGAGAUGGGUCAGUCUGGGGAGCAUGGACUAGUCAAGGGGGUGGGAUGAGGUCAGUAGGUAGGAAAUGGGUUGAGGUGGGAGGAGGUUAGGGAGUUGGGGAUGAGCUGGGCUGGUUUUGGGAUGCGGUGGGGGAAGGGGAGAUUUUGAAGCUGGUGAAAUCCACAUUGAUUCCAUUGGGCUGCAGGGUUCCCAAGCGGAAUAUGAGUUGCUGUUCCUGCAACCUUCUGGUGGCAUCACUGUGGCACUGCAGGAGGCCCGGGAUGGACAUGUCGUCUAAGGAAUGGGAGGGGGAGUUAAAAUGGUUCGCGACUGGGAUGUGCAGUUGUUUAUUGCGAACCGAGCGGAGGUGUUCUGUAAAGCCUCCGCUUGGUUUCCCCAAUGUAGAGGAGGGUACAGCGGAUGCAGUACACCACAUUGGAAGAUGUGCAGGUGAUGUAUUAGCAGCUUGAUGUGUUAGAGUUCCCUGGUGGCAGUGAGCCUCCCUUUUUUGCCAGACAGUGAGGCCAUUUCUAAAUUCACCUUACAUCCUCCCAUCACUGUGAAUCAGAAGCACCUUGUACUGCUUACUGUUGUCACAAUGUGGCCUCAGCACAUUCCCCGAGCAAUAGAACUACACCUGUAUCAGAGAGAGUAGGAACUGCAGAUGCUGGAGAAUCUGAGACAACAAGGUGUGGAGCUGGAUGAAUGCAGCAGGCCAAGCAGCAUCAGAGGAGCAGAAAGGCUACAAGGUGUAGAGCUGGAUGAACACAGCAGGCUGUACACCUUGUACUGAUGCUGAAUGGCCUGCUGUGUUCAUCCAGCUCCACACCUUGUUAUCUCAGAACUACACCUGUGUUCAUCGUUCAUAAUAUCAAUUCAGCAUGUACUCUCAAUUGUGUACUUGUGUGGGAGUGAGUACACUUGGGUGAAUUAAGAAUUGCAGAAACCUCACGAUUAUCUCUGUAAUAAUGUACCUGCCAUUUCUCUGUAGUAGAUGUUAUUCUGGAUGCUUUUGAUUUUUAUUCAAAGAAAGUAGCUUCCAAUAAAAUUGCUUUCUCUGCAA